CACCCCCUGGUGGUUCUCUCCUUUCGUGGUUCAAACCUCUCUAUAUAACUCCACACUGAGAGAGUUACAAAAGCUGGUCUGCUUUCCUUUUUAGAGAGAGAGAGUGAAAGUGGGAAGAAAGUGAAGAAAGAUGGCUGAAAAGGAUGAUGGACUAGGGUUGAGUUUGAGCUUGAGAUGUCCGGAGAGUCAGAAACAUAAUCCUCCGCCGCACCCACCUCCACCGCCACCAGCUGCGGCCGCUCCUUUCCCCUUGAAUCUUUUCAGGUCUCCUUUGCCUUUUAUGCAACACCAUAAAUCUUCAACCUCUGACGCAUUUCAGUCAUCUGCUGAUCAUAAUGCGGAGGCGAGGUCGAUCUUUCGAGGGAUUGAUGUGAAUCGAGCGAUAACCGUGAUAGACUGUGACGAGGAAGUGAUGGUUUCAUCUCCGAACAGCACGGUUUCGAGCUUGAGCGGUAAGAGAAGUGAGAGGGAGGAAAACGACGGCGAGAGGGCCUCCAGUUCUCUGGAGAUGGAGGACGAUGGCGGCGACGCGUCGGGGAGGAAGAAGCUCCGCCUGUCCAAGGAACAGGCGGCGGUGCUGGAGGAGACUUUCAAGGAGCACAAUACUCUGAAUCCGAAGCAAAAAAUGGCGUUGGCGAAACAGCUAAAUCUGAGGCCCAGACAGGUGGAGGUGUGGUUUCAGAACAGAAGGGCAAGGACGAAGUUGAAGCAGACGGAAGUCGACUGUGAGUAUCUGAGGCGUUGCUGCGAGAAUCUGACGGAGGAAAACCGACGCUUGCAAAAGGAGGUGACGGAGCUGAGAGCGCUAAAGCUCUCCCCGCAGUUUUACAUGAACAUGAGCCCUCCAACCACCCUCACCAUGUGCCCUCAGUGCGAGCGUGUUGCGGUCUCAUCAUCCGCAAACACAUCUUCACCGAUUCCGGCAAACACCACUGGCAUCAAUAGGCAGCCGGCCCACCACCAACGGGCGAUGCCUAUGAGCUCAUGGGCUGCAAUAAUUCCACCUCAACCACAACCACUCGACGCCCACCGCCCAAGAACGUGAUUUUCUCUGCAAGAACAAGGCAAGAAGGUGAAUUUUGUUCUCUCGGACGACCGAUGCCGCAUUCUUGUCAACGGUAAUGAGAAAAUGGGAUGUGAAAACGGAGAAGAUUGUAAAGGAAUGGUUUAGUUUGUGUUGAUAGCUUAGAGAUAAGCUAAAAAGUAUGGUAUAUUCCGACUUUUCUCUUCUUUUUCUCUUCAUCUAUGGACGAAUUAUUAUGGCAGCCGAAGGUUUGACUGGACAUAGAGACAGCAUUGUCGGAAGGACAUUAGCAUCUACAUAACCUAUUGAUAACUUGAGAAAAUUGAAUAGUGGUUUUAUGAACAAGAUGGGUCGAUUAUUACCUGAUUGUCUGAUCAUGAACAUGCUUUUGGGAUGCAGACUGAUUAGAUUCCCUUCCAAUUUCUAGUUAGGUGAAUGGUGUGGAAAAUGAUUGCUAUGGCGCCCACAAACUGUUCUGUUCUUUUAAGCUUUUUGAGGUCCUUCAUGUGAAUUUUUUGGACGGAUUGGGUGCAGCAUCAA